GCGCCGUCCGGCCGCGCGGUGCAUUGUGGGCGCGGCCGAGGCAGUAAAAUGGCGGACCUGGCGAACGAAGAAAAACCUGCCAUUGCUCCACCUGUCUUUGUAUUUCAGAAGGAUAAAGCACAGAAGUCCCCUGCAGAGCAAAAAGCUUUGUCGGAUUCAGGCGAGGACCCCCAGGGAGAGGUUGAGCCCCUCCACCAUGGUGUGGGUCAUACAGAACCAGCUGGUGAGCGCGACUCUGAGCACCCUGCUCCCACUGUGGCCUCAGUCAGUGCUGCCCUGAGUCCCGCUGCUGAAGCCCAGCUUGCUCCUAUUCAACAAGAACUGGCAGGGGUAAGUGUCAACCUACCAAGUCCUUCUGCUGCUGAGGGGAUUAGAGGAAAAAGUCCCUUCCACGCAGUGGAAUCGACUGCAGUAACAAAGAACAAUGUCUUUAUGCCAUCAAGCUUCUGUGAACCCUCUACAGGCAAUUCUGACUCAGAACCAGAGGAGAAGAGCAGUGGAUUCCGGCUGAAGCCACCGAUACUUAUCCAUGGUCAGGCACCCAGUGCAGGUCUCCCCAGCCAGAAGCCGAAGGAACAGCAGCGCAGUGUGCUCCGUCCAGCAGUGUUACAGGCCCCCCAGCCAAAAGCUUUCUCACAAAUGGUUCUCAGCAGUGGCACUAAUGGUGUAAAUAUCCUGCCAGAUUCUGCAGCCACAUCAGAAUUACCAAGUGAUGCAACACUGAAAAGUUCUGACUCUGAAGAGAAGGCAGGAGAAUGUCAGAAAAAGGAGUCCAACAAUACUUCAGAUAACAGCUGUGAGAAGGCUGAACUAAAUGCACAGCAAGCAUUUGUAUUUGGGCAAAACUUAAGAGACAGAGUUAAGCUGGGGGAUGAGAGCGAUGAAAGCGCCGACGUGCAGAACUCUGGCCUGCCUACAGCAGAUACACCUUCUGCAACCAACUAUUUCCUACAGUACAUCAGUUCCAGUGCAGAGAACUCUACAAACAGUGCAGAUGCAUCGAGCAACAAGUUUGUUUUUGGACAGAACAUGAGUGAGCGAGUCCUAAGUCCACCAAAAUCAAAUGAAGGUAGUACAGAGAGUAAUAAGGAGAAUGCUGCUACAGAGUCUGGGUCUGAGUCGUCUUCUCAGGAGGCCACGCCAGAGAAAGCUAAUAAUAUUUCAGAAUCACUGGCAGAGUCUGCAGCAGCCUAUACUAAAGCAACAGCAAGGAAGUGUUUGUUAGCGAAGGUAGAAGUGAUUACUGGGGAGGAAGCUGAAAGUAACGUCCUACAGAUUCAGUGCAAGCUGUUUGUAUUUGAUAAAAGCUCUCAGUCUUGGGUGGAAAGAGGUCGAGGACUCCUGAGACUCAAUGAUAUGGCCUCAACAGAUGAUGGAACGUUACAGUCUCGACUGGUGAUGAGGACUCAGGGGAGUCUCAGGUUAAUCCUAAAUACCAAGCUCUGGGCCCAGAUGCAGAUUGAUAAAGCCAGUGAGAAGAGCAUCCGGAUCACCGCCAUGGAUACAGAGGACCAGGGAGUUAAAGUUUUUCUUAUAUCAGCAAGCUCUAAAGACACAGGGCAGUUGUUUGCUGCUUUGCACCAUCGCAUCUUGGCCUUGAGGAGCAGGGUGGAACAGGAGCAGGAAGUCAAGAAUGUAGCACCUGAGCCAGAGGUAACACAGUCAAACGAGGAAGACAGUGAUGAUGAUGUCAUUGCACCUUCAGGAGCAGUUGGAAGUGGUCCUAAUGAUGAAGGUGAUGGGCAGAACGUUGGCAGCACAUAGCAGAUGUGAGCCAACCUGCUUGCAAGGCUGCUAUGAACACCAUCUUGCAGGCAUCUCUGGGUACCCCAGGCCAGCGAUUAUUUCAGGCAGUGUCGAAGGCUCCAGGACUAAAGAACUGUGCAUCCCUGUUCUGUUUGUUUGAUUUUUUUGGUCUGGAUCAGUAGAUUCCACAAAAAAAAAAAAAAAAAAGCAGACUUGGAAACUACCUGAAUGUGGUUUGGGACGUUGAAAGCUCAUCAUAUUGAUGAGCAAAAAAGAAAAAAAAAAAAAAAAAACAAAAAAAAAAAAAAAAAACCAAACACAAAAAAAACCCCAACCCCAGAACAAAACAAAAAAAAUCCCCCAGCCAACCCCAAACAUUUCCCCCUCUUCCUUGUAAUUAAAAUGGCACAUUACAGCUUGUCACAGCUUUUCAUUGGGACCUUUUGACUGUUUCUUCAGUAGUUGGUGUCUUGCAGGCGCCUCCGAGAUAGAACUUUUUGGUUCCAACUCGAAUUCUGCUUUUGCAGCCUCUGCUCCCCCUUGUGCAGGGACACCGUGUCCUCACCAGUUCCUAUGCUCACUGGCUGCCCUUUUGGGUUUCUCCUCUUUUUGGACUGCAGAUGGGGCAGGUUAUGUUCUUACCUUUCAAUCCCAGCAGAGGUUGUGGGCACCGUUGUUCCCUGUCUCGUGGGUUUGUAAACAGAGAGAAACAAAACGUUGUGGUUCACCAGAAAAGCUUUUUUUUUAACGCAGUAAUAAGAGACUUCAAAGCCCGCAGGAUGUUUUGCUAACUCCUUUCUUUCUUCCCAUUUCAUUAUUAUUAUUUGGGGAUUUAUAUUGUGGUGAAACUUUUUUUAUUUUAGUUUUUUUCAAUAAGAUGCUCUUGUGUGUUGAAAAAGUGAAACUAUUGUUUUGUACUGUUCUGUUACUAUUUAAGGGAGAGCUAAGCCACUAUAAAUAAUAGAUGUUGCAUACGAUUUUUCUUAGAAAAUUAUGUUUCUGUGGCUACAGUAAAGUGUAGGAGGCAUACAGGUUACACCUUCAGAAAAGUUGAUGAGGAAAUAGCUGUUAGCCCUUGGAAGAAUAAAAUAGGCUCAUGUAAUGAGCUCUGCCAGCCAUUAAAAUAAAUUGUAUAAUAAAGCAGCUCAUUUAAUGGCUUGAUUCAACAAGCCAUUUAAGCACUUGCCUGACUUAACUACAUGUGAAUAAUCUUACUGAAGUCAAUGCAACUCUUCAUGCUUAAAGUUGAGGACAUUUUUAAAUAUCUUGCUGAAUUAAUGGCCUUAAAUAGAAAAUAUAACUUCUAACCCUUCCUGUCCCUGUUCUGUUUCCUUUUUCCCUGUUCAGUCUUGCAGCAUGAAGAAAAAGGUAAUACUGCCAGCCUUGAGUAGUUUGGGCUGAAGGUUAUUGUAUUCUGUUCCACCAAAAUAAAAGCAAGAAUGUGUUUUCCUGUGUGUAAUUCUGAAGUACUCCUACUGUAACCAUAACUCUUUUUUUUUGUUUUGUUUUGUUUUUUAAUCUUUUGAGCUUUUCGUGUGAAAGUUGAGUUUUAUUUUGUUAUUAAAACAUACAGUAUGUUCUUGUCCAGCAAAGUUGGAAUUUGGUAGUCACCAACGACAGUGACCGGAUCACUUUCACUAUAAAUUCCCCAAAUUGUUCUACUUUCUUUAUAAAUAGUUUACUGGCAGAUAA